AUGGCUGGGUCAAGUGGUGGUGAUCUUCGGGCUCCAAUAUUCAAUGGUGGUAACUAUGAAUUUUGGAAGAUCCGAAUGAGAACUAUUUUCAAAUCGCAUGGAAUCUGGGAUUUGGUUGAAAAGGGUUUUGAAAUUCCAGAAUCGAAGGGGAAGAAGGUCGAAGAGGAAGGCUCAUCAGAUUCAGAGAAAGCUUCGCUGAGUGAUAAGCUAAUAAAGGAUGCUAAGGCGUUGGGUAUCAUUCAAGGAGCAGUUUCGGAGGAUAUUUUUCCCAGAAUCUCGAAUGAGGAGACCUCAAAGGGCACUUGGGAUAUUUUACACCAGGAAUUUCAUGGUGAUAAACAAGUGAGAUCCAUCAAACUACAAGGUCUACGCCAUGAUUUCGAGUACACGAGGAUGAAGGAUGAUGAAACCAUGUCUGUGUAUCUCACUCGUCUUCUCACGCUGGUGAAUCAAAUGAAAGGGUAUAGGGAAGAUUUAGCCAGAGAGCAUUUGGUUCAGAAAUUGCUUAUAAGCUUGACCAAAGAAUUUGAUCCAGUUUGCUAUGUGAUCAAUCAAACUAAGGAUAUUGAAACUAUUGAGUUGCAAGAGGUUAUUGCUUCUUUGAGAGGAUUUGCAUAG